AUGAUCAUUCUGGCCCUCCCGUCGGGGGUGGAUGCCGCAACUGCAGCGGCAACAGCGGACAUUCACCGCAAAUUAUGGGACUACCUCUCGUCGUAUGCGCGCAUCCGCUUGGCACCAGAUCACAUCGUCCAUCAUGUGCUUAGGCAGCUGAGUGAGCUGUUCUCUCAGCAACAGUGCUCUGGCAAUAAUAUAGGAGGUGGUGAUGGCGACGAUAGAUACGACCUUUUGUACAGCGUUGUGUCGGACAUCGUAAAUAUGCUUGGAAGCAGGAAGGAUAAGAAUCCUUCUGGCAACCAGACAAUGUACUUUGAUCUCGUGAGUUUAUGGUACGGCGAAACGCUACGAAGCCAUCGAGGUCAUCGACAGCACGGGUAUCACCCGCGACUCCAUCUGGCCGAGGACGAGAUGUUCGCAAUCCUCAAUUCCGGCAAAGCGGCCGGCGCCAGCGCCGCGUCAUCAUCGUCGUCAUCACCACAGUGGUCCGGGGCCCGGGACAAUGUGGACCCAUUGCUAGAUCCGAACAGCAUGGAAGAUGUCGACUUUGACCUGGACGUCGCCGCCAUCAAUUCGUACCUCCUCCUGGAUCUCGGCUGGCAGACGGCGUGGCACGACCGUUCCAUCCCCGACGCCUGCGCCGCCCUGCUCCAGGGCAAGGAGUACACUGGCGCGCCACCCGACGAGACCGAGGUCAACUGCCUAACGGCCAUGGCACUGUACGAGCGGGCGCAAUGCACUGCCACCGGCAAUCUGUUUCCGUGCCCACCCUCUACGGCGACCGUCCCGUUGACACCCGACGGCGCUCGCGAGACAGAGCAGCGGCAGCGGCGUCUGGUCCGCGCCCAAUGGCUCCUGUCCGAAGCCGUCUCGCUCGACUGGGACCUUUCGGGCGCCAGCAUCUACAAUUUUGAGGGCCUGUUGCUGCUCCAGGAAUUGUGCGCCGAGAUUGGGGACUGGAAUGGUCUCGAGGCCGUCCGGGCCCGGAGCCGCGAGUGCCUCGACAUACUGUUUGGUGAAUGGGGGGUGUGA